UCCUCGACACUUAAAACUUGUUCCCAUUUUGAGUCUGUGCUUAAAGAUGAACCCGGCGGCGAGGAGCGCGUGGAGUUUGUUCCGACGGCCAACGAGUCAGGGAGUGGCGGAGUCACUGAGUCACCACCGUCAGGAGCAAGUGAGAGGGAUCCGGGUGAAGGUGCUGAACGGAAACUUGGAGCAAGCGCUGACGUUUAUGCAGAGGAAGAUGCAGUCCAGUGGGAUCGAGAGGAUGAUCAAGCGCGAGCAGACCCACCACAUCAAGAACUCCGAGAAGCGCGUGCUUGCACGCAAGCUUCUCGAGCGUAAGCUCAAGUCCCAGGACCUCGCCCGCAAGCUCAAGGCCAUCCUCAUCAAGAAAGUCAGAGGCCUAUGAGAUCAUUCAAGCACAUUCUUGAUGCCGCAUGUCAUGCUUUCACUUGUGGAAUUUCAAGCCAAUGCAGCACCCACUUUUCAUCUGGUUGCUCGGCAGCUUCUACUGCCACUCUAGUUUUCAUAGAAUAGUGUAUUUGACUCCGGAUUAUAAAAGUUCAUGUUUCAGUUGUGAUCCUAAGACGUCUGAUUUUAAGGUUUACCUCAUAAAAGAUUUUGACAUCAAUUCCAAUACAGAACUUACGGCU